GUGCGGAUCGCGAACUACCUGCAGGGCCCCUCCAACUGCAUUGCGUCGUCGUCCUACUACUCCAUCUGCUGCCUCAGCGAGUGCGAGGGCCUUGUGAACGAGCUGGAGGCCAAGGUUCAGGCACCGGCUGCGGACCCCGCCUAUCUGUUGGAGCUCGUGGGGCACAUCUCCUCGGCCAGCUGGAUGCACUACGCCUUCCCGCACGAGUGCCCGUAUCCGAAAGUGUUCCAAGAGACCAAGAUCUUGACACCCGAGUUCUGGGCUCAGAAGAAGAUGUCUGUGGAUGCUCAAGAGCGGCUUGAGAUUGCCUCGAGUGCCGUGCUCGAGAACACCACGGACUCGGACAGCGUCGCCGCAGAGUCAGAGGCAGAGAUUGCUUGGAGCAGCGAGGAGCUGCUGCACGCCCAAGAGGCACCGGUGCGGAAGCACGGCAGUGCCCGCGCAGCCAUGCGUUGCACCAUGCAGCUGGCGCUGCUCCUCGGCGUCCUCCGUGCCGCAGCCGGCAGCUGGCAGACGCUCCGCGACUUGGCUGUUCCCAAGAGCAAGGCGGCGCUGCCCUUCUGA